AUGUCGAAUCCGCUCCACCAAAAAAGCACGGGUGAAGCGGCGUCGCAGCCUCCCACCACCGCUUUUGGACACCUGCGACAAAGGUCCAGGCAAGCAUGUAUCCCAUGUCGCCAGCGUAAACGGAAGUGCGAUGGCAGAUUGCCAUGCUCUACUUGUACCGGGUAUGGCUAUGAGUGCCAUUACAAAUGUACCAACCACCAUGAGGACAACAGCGGUAAUGCCAAUGGCCAGAGAGCCAAUGCUACUACCAACAAUGCCAAACGGACAUCCUCGACAGCUGCUGUGGACGAGUCCUCGACGCAGCUGCUUCCAGCCAAGAAGGCAGUUCGCCUUACUGAAGAAGCUAGGGAAGGCACAGUGCUUCUACCCAAGCAGCAGCAAGAGACGCUUAAUUACAAGCCACCCCCAAACGGCAUACUGGAGCCGUCCAAGUCCAGAUAUAUGGGUCGACAUUCAUCUGUCGCUUUUCCACGAUGGCUGGGCUUGAAUUUGCAAUCGACCACCCCUCCGCGGUUGCAUUCUUUCGCAUACAAUACGGGGAUCAGGAGAGAGCCCGGUUAUGGAGUGCGCUUCCAGCUGGUAGAGUUCAUACCCUGGGAUGAAGUGAACGAUUCUAUUGAUCUCUAUACGUCCGUGAUACAUCCAGUUCUCGGAUUCUUGGACAUCGAGAGUCUUCGACGCCGAUGCCGUGAUCACUGGCAUGGAAAGCCCCAGGGCGCCGAUCUUGAGGCGGUCGUUUGUGGCGUCGUGGGAUUGGCAUCUCUCUUCUCUGGAGCGCUUAGUGAAGAGAGGGAGAUGAGGAUCGUCCUACAUGCCAAGGAGAUCCUUGAUGAUUCGUCCGUAAGCCGCUUCCCGAGUAUCGAUGUAAUCUCGGGAUGGAUAUUGCGCACGGUUUAUAUCCGAUCAACCAGUCGGCCCCAUAUGGCGUGGCUGUACAGCUGCAUUACGAUGCACCUUAUCGAGGCGGCUGGCUUACAUAGGGAGAUCGAAGGAGUCAUCCUGACGACGGACAGUGGGAAGAGGAUGAUCCAAGAGACCUGUGAUAUUCGGGAGCGGAUCGCCACAGUCGCGCGCUGCCUGAAUACCAUUAUCUCCUAUGAAUAUGGAAGAUCAAUGGUCGAUGUUGGGCCUAUAUCGCAAAAGAACAUCAUACCUCGACAAGGGGAUUUGACACUUCAGUUGUACGAGCUGGUGCGAGUGCUUCCGCCGGAUGAUACCAACCAGGAUCCUCUAGUACGGAGACUCGAGCUGAGCGCUGCGUUGGGAAGAUUGUUUGCGAUUUCCACAGAUCAUGAAUUCCUCACACUAGUGAAGACAGAUCUCUGCCUGUGCAUCUACCGCCGGCUCCGACUCCUGGACCUGGGCGUGAAGCAGGAACAGCUAGAGCAGGUCAUUGCGGCGGGGACCGCAGCUUUACCAGCUGCACGCAACCUGGUUGCACGCAAACAUCCAUGGUGGAACGCCAUCGGGACAGUCUUCCAAUUCGUCUGCGUUCUGCUCGCCAUCGACAGCUCUGAGAGUCUGUCAGUGAUCCCGGACGCCAUGCAGACACUGAAGACUAUAGCAAAGCAAUUAAAUACCCAUCUAGCGAUGGAGGCACUCAACACGGCCCGAGGCCUGGUUCGCGCUUUGACAGAAAAGAAGCGAAGAGACAUCAACAUCCUCGAAAAGCUCAGCGAGGCUACCGACAAUGAUACAAAUCUUACGACGACUAAUACCACUACUGCUAACAAUAAUAAUAAUGACGAUGACGACCCUGAUAGACAGCAACAGCAGCAAUGGCCUGGGCCUGCGUCUCUUGACAUGAUGGACGGGGACUGGAACUGGGACGCAUAUUUCCAGCCUCCAUACUCGACGAUGUCGCCUUUUCUAGACAUGAGAUCGUGGCUGUGA